UGGGAGAGGAACAACAGAGGGCACCAGAGACUCAGCCGUUCUAAAGAGGAGGUGGUAAAUGAAGCAAUUUUGGGGAACAAGAGUUCAUUACUAUGCUUCAGUGCUCCUGAGCUGCUAGCAGCAGGCUCCUGGGCAGCUCUGCCCAGCACAGCAUCACCCCACUCAGCCUCACUCUGCACAGCACCCACAGCCCUGGCAUCUCCUGAGCAACUGCGACUUGCCCGAGGAGCUGCCCCGAGGACAGCCCCACAACAAAGACUGCCCACCAUGUCGAACUGCACAGAAAUCAGCAGCAUGUUGCAGGAUCGUGUUAUGCUAUUUCAGCUGAUUGUCUACAUCCCAGUCCUCGUUUUGGGGCUCCUGCUGAACACCAUCGCCUUCUGGGUCUUCUGCUGCAAACUCAAGAGAUGGACUGAGACCCGGGUCUACAUGAUCAACCUCAUGUUUGCGGACUGCUCCCUGCUCUUCACCCUGCCUUUCCUGAUAUAUUUUACCAAAAAUGAACAUCCCAUAGACAGGCUGUGUGUUGCCAUAGAGAUGAUACAUUUUACGAACAGUCCUAUGAGCAUCUUCAUCAUCAUGCUGAUUGCCAUCGAUCGAUACAUUGCAAUCAAAUUCCCUCUGAAAGCAAAAACUCUUCGAUCCCCACUGAAAUCAGCCUGUAUCUGCGGGUUUCUUUGGAUAAUGCAAAUAGGUUAUUCCUACUUGAACACAUUUUUUAAAAAAAAGAGUGAAAAUUUUUGCUUUCAAAAACAUUCUACUCAGCCUGCAUAUUUAACAUCAUUCUCCAUUUGCUUUUGGUAUUUUAUUCCCCUAGGGAUCAUAAUUUUUUGUUCCAUACAAGUCAUCAGAUGUCUCAGAAAGAAGAUGGCCAGCAGCCACCAUGAGACAAAGCUAAUCCAGAAAGCAAUCCACAUUAUUUCUGUGAAUUUGUGUGUGUUCAUCUUAUGUUUUUCACCGAUCUACAUUGCAUUACUCCUGCGACUCGUAGCGGAGGUUGCUGGAGCUUGUCACCUGCUUUCAAAAGUUAGGGUUUCUAUUCAGAUCCUUUCAUGCUUAGCCAAUUCCAACUGCUGCCUCGAUGCAUUCUGCUAUUACUUUGCAGCCAAGGAAAGUCAGGAAUUUCCCUCUCUGCUCCCCAGUUGUAUAUCAGUGAGGUCUAAGAUGAACCAAAGCCAAGAGUCGCAGCAACCCACAGAUCAAGUCACACCAUAGAAAAAGGACAGUGCACUAUAGAUGUUAAGACCAAACUGCUGCACAGGUUCUGAGGCAGAGGGAAUGGGACCACUUGCAAUUGCUCUGGGUAUGGGCAUUUCUGUAGAAAGGGAUUUGAUAAUAACUUGAAUUUUGUCCUGCUGCUCUCACACUUAAGUGCAGCUCAGAUUAUUGCCUUCAAUAAUUGUAUCACGAGUUCAGGUGUCUCCUCAUCAACAAAGAGAUCCCCCUAGUACAGAGAAUAGCUGAUAAGCCCAUUGUUUUGACCACGCACUUUGUUGUACAUAUCAUGCAGCUUAACAUAAGAAAUUUAGCACUGUUACAGCAAUGUAUAAAGCCACUUCUACUACUGUAAUUUUUGGUCAUUAAAAUAAGGGAAAAGCCCCUCCAGUACAA